CUUUCUUCGGGGACGCCUUCGCUGCUCACAGGACCGUCUUUGCCGACAUGUCCUUGUUUGUGCGUUUUGAUCCGCUCUUGGAAAAUAACAGGAGCAGUCCGCUGGGCACAGCAGCCGCGCCGAGCAGCAACGUGUCUGUCUGUGGAGAGACUGUCACCGCAGUCGGGCUGAGUGUGAACCGGGCUGCCUUUGCCGUGGCUGUCGUCGCAUGUGGAGCGAUCGCUGCCGAGAGUCACGCCUGAAUUCAAAGCCAUCGAAGACGGCAGCGCGGAGAUGGAAUGGUGCAUGCGGCUGGGCCAAGUUUACCGCCUCUGAAACCCACAGGAAUAAUGGACAGUCAUCCGCUGUGUACCAGACUCUGUCCACACUCUCUGGACAAAGAGGACGGAGUGGAGAGGCAGGGUCCUGUUACUCUGAACCCUCGCCACAUGAGGAAGGCCUUCAAAGUCAUGAAUGAGUUGCGCAGCCAGAGCCUGCUAUGUGACGUGACCAUAGUAGCAGAGGAUGUAGAGAUCGCCGCUCAUAGAGUGGUUCUGGCUGCAGGAAGCCCAUACUUUCAUGCCAUGUUCACCGGGGAGAUGGCAGAAAGUCGGGCGAAACGAGUGAGGAUAAAGGAGGUGGAUGGGUGGACUCUGGGUCUGCUGGUUGACUACAUCUACACGGCAGAAAUACAGGUCACAGAGGAAAACGUUCAGGCGCUGCUGCCUGCAGCAGGGCUGCUCCAGCUCAAUGAGGUGAAAAAGGCUUGCUGUGAGUUCCUGGGCGCUCAGCUUCAUCCAUCCAACUGUCUGGGGAUUCGCGCUUUCGCUGACUUACACGCCUGCUCCCAACUGCUUGUGCAGGCUAACAGCUAUGCAGAGCAACACUUCACUGAGGUGGUUGGAAGUGAGGAGUUUCUCAAUUUGGGCAUGGAGCAAGUGUCCAGCCUGAUUGCAAGUGACAAGCUGACGAUCCCCACUGAAGAGAAGGUGUUUGAGGCAGUGAUUGCUUGGGUCAACCAUGACAAAGAUGUCCGCCAGGAACACUUGGCUUACCUAAUGGAGCAUGUUCGCCUGCCACUCCUCUCCAGAGAAUACCUGGUGCAGCGGGUUGAGGAAGAGUCCCUGAUCAAGAAUAGCAGUGCGUGCAAAGACUACCUGAUCGAAGCCAUGAAGUACCACCUUCUGCCUGCAGAGCAGAGGGCGCUGAUGAAGACUGCUCGCACUCGCAUGAGAACUCCAGCCUGCUGCCCAAAGGUCAUGGUAGUGGUUGGAGGUCAAGCUCCUAAGGCUAUCCGAAGUGUUGAAUGUUAUGAUUUUGAGGAGGAGCGAUGGUACCAAGUGGCUGAACUCCCAACCAGGAGGUGUAGAGCAGGUGUGGUGUACAUGGGUGGGUGUGUGUAUGCAGUCGGGGGCUUCAACGGCUCCUUGCGUGUGCGAACGGUCGACUGCUACGACCCGACGACGGACCGCUGGACGAGUGUCAGCAGUAUGCAAGACCGCAGGUCCACACUUGGGGCUGCAGUUCUCAACGGGCUCCUCUAUGCUGUCGGUGGAUUUGACGGCAGCACAGGUCUGUCUACAGUUGAAGCUUAUAAUGCAAAGACGGACGAAUGGUUCCACGUGUUGCCUAUGAGCACCCGCCGCAGCAGUGUAGGCGUGGGAGUUGUUAAUGGGCUCCUGUAUGCUGUAGGGGGUUAUGAUGGAGCCACCAGGCAGUGUUUGAGUACAGUGGAAGCUUACAACCUUAAAAGCAACACAUGGAGCUACAUAGCAGAGAUGGGCACUAGACGCAGUGGAGCAGGUGUAGGUGUGUUAAAAGGUUUGCUGUAUGCCGUGGGGGGGCACGAUGGUCCUCUAGUGAGGAAGAGCUGUGAGGUCUACGAUCCAUCCUCCAACAGCUGGCGUCAAGUAGCUGACAUGAACAUGUGUCGACGCAACGCAGGAGUGUGUGCUGUAAACAACUUACUGUAUGUAGUGGGAGGAGAUGAUGGCAGCUGCAAUUUGGCCUCAGUUGAGUUCUACAACCCCAACACUGACAAGUGGACUUUAAUGCCCACUUGUAUGAGCACAGGCCGCAGUUAUGCAGGUGUGACCAUGAUCGAUAAGCCUUUAUGACUGCACACCUGCCACUGAUGGAAAGCAGAAUGUAUUCUUUCACUGAAUCCUGAUAUCGGAUCUCUGCAAUGCAGAUGUUUUCGGUGUUGAGCAGCAGCAGCACUGACGACGAUGAAGACAAAUAACACAGUGGUUAUUGUUGAACGCCAUGAGGAUUUUUGCACUUACCUGAAUGGGUGAAGCUGAAUCGAAACAAGGGCUGUGUGAUUUUAGUCCGCUCGCGGUAGGACUGCAGCCACAGCUGCCAGACAAGCAAGUUUGAAGCACCAUUGUACCACUGCAGUGCCAUUGAGACGCUACUGACGGGAAGCUGCUAUACCUGCGAAGCUACUUUAACAUAAGUAAUGUUAAUACCAACCAGCUCUGAGGAAAGCCACUCAUCUGAUCUAUGGGAAACAAAGCAGAAAAAGACUGUUCUGGAUACAUUUAGUUCUUUUUUUAAAGGUUUUAUUCUGUUAGGGAGUGUGCUUAUGUUGAGUGUUUGUGCGCACUAGCACAUGAAGGGUGCACCAUUGCUCGCACAUGAAAGCAUGUGUCUUUUCUGCGUAUCUGAGUCUGUAUGUGGCGAAGCCUGAUUCAAUAAGGCAUGAACACACAGUCACCAUCACCUAUUAGAGUAUUGCAAUGAGGCAAGUUAGAGUGCCUGAAUGAACAUGCACUAUUUCUUUGGUUUAGUCCUGUUGCCUAACAGGGGAAGGCUGUUCUUGGACACAAUUCUGACUUUAGAUCGGCAGCAUUUUUGCUCUCCUAAUCUCAGAUUUUCUGAUACUCUUGAGAAUGUUUGAUGGAACAAGUCCUCGCUGGAGGAGGAAGCCUCAUAAAUGUUGCCAAACUCAGCAACAGAGUAUUACACUGUUCAAAAUGAGAAACAGCUGGAUGUAUCUGUGCUUUAUCGUUGCCUGGCAGCCAUAUUUACUGUGGUCAUAGCCAGUACUGAAAACAGCAGUCUGAGCUCGCUGCAUGGUCCUUGUCUCUAACCUAUCUCUCAGCAAUUUCCUCCUCUCCUGUUCUUUGGUGUAACCACCCCUAAUUACCACCGCACACCCUUUGUGCUACGAAUGUGCCAAUUUUAAUGUAUCCUCUUUUCUGUAUCUUUACGACUCUGUUACUAAUCUUUUCUCUCUUUAUGGAAAGUGACCAAACCUCCCUUCUGUGUUCAUUUGACCUGACGUUUGUUUUUUUCCUGGCUUUUCUGCUAUAUUCAAAACUGCUAUAAAAGUAACUGGUUUUGCUGUUUGUUAGUGUAUUGAGGAAUGUCAUGUAGGCUAAUAACCUUGACGAUGUUUCAGUACUUGUUUUAUAUUGCCGUUAAUAAAUAUGCUUCUUGUAUUUAAAGCUGUGAAAUGAAAUGACCUGUUUUUAAACCUUGCCAAAUCAGUAAAACAUCUAAAUGAAACA